AUGGAGUGGAAUGAAGCGACGGGGACGAACCAAGUGCCUCUAACUUAUGAUCUCGAUCUGCAGACACCAACGGACGGGUUUACGUCACCAGGAUUCCCAUUGAAGGAUCCGCAUUAUUGGAUAUACAACGAGCAGAGCCAGACCACGGUACCCCCAGCGGAAAUGCCGAAAGACGACGGGGGAAAUGCCUCCACAGAGAAUAACUCUGGCCUUUCUCUUGCACUGUCUCUGGCUUUGCUGCUUUCCCUCACGAGCCUGAUUACCACCAGCGGCAAGAGCACAGUUCCUCAUCCUCCCCCACCGCCCGUUGAGAAGCCCAAAGAGAAAACGAAGAUAGAUGAAUGCAUUGAACAAUUCGGAUUCAGCGUGGAAAAUCUGCAGACCGCGUGGGAAGCGUCUUCCCCCACUGUUCGAGAUGCAUUUAAGCAUAAUUUCACACCCAUUGAAAAAGAAGGAGUAUACACGAAAGAAGACAACAUUUGGGAUAUGCUGGAAGCGCAGAAGAAUAUAUUUCUAAAAUCUCGGCCCAGUGAAGAAGAGAGCGAGGAAAAAAAAGAAGCCUACCUAAAGCAGGAAGACCGCGACUCGGAAGAUGAGGGAUAUUCAGACAAUGAAGAUGAGGAAGGGGCUGUGGGAGGUAAACAAGAAGCAGUUAUUUCGUUGGAAACAGCGGCGAAGCUGGUAGAUAUCAUUCGCAUUGAGGAUAUUCAAAGCGAAGAUGAUUUGUACAUCUGCGAGCACUUUGAUUCAUUCGCAAGUAUCUUUGGCUUACGCCUGGCCACUAUGAAGCCGGGUGAUGAGAAGACUGCAGCAUCCUUUCAAACGAUCGAUGACCAUGCUCCCUUCCACACCAGUGAUUUUCUCAAAUUUCUCAAGUACAGAUAUGAACGAGCAUGCGACGGCUAUCUGGAUCCGCGUGUUUUUAAAUAUCUAGCAAGAAAUUGGAAUGAGAAGCAUGCUUCUGAAAUCAUCGAACAAAUUCUCGAUGACCAGAGCCGCAGAACUCAAGAUUCAGUCCAACAGAAAGUGAUGACAGUGCUGACUGUAAGCAGUGAACAAAACGAGGUAGAAAAUACCUUGCUCCUUCUUUCGGUAUUUCUUCUUUAA